UUAUUUGAAGACUUGACUACUCCUGAUCACUUAGUACAGUGAGUUCUGCGUAACUGGUUAGGUGACUGAUACUGCUUUUCAAGGCCAUUUAGUUUGUCUGGAAAGUGUCAAGAUUAUAUUUUGGGAGUGGAUUAGAGAGGACUUUCUCAAAGGCCGGUGAUAAAAAGACGCUGAUCAGCGUACGUUUGCUGUCAAAGUUUGACAAGAGGGUUAAUACAUAUUCGACACAUCCCAGAGUAAAGAUGACGGCCGCCAAUAACAGUAGUUUCCUAAUUCUCGAGCAAGAAUUUUUGGCCCAAAACGACCUAAUUCAAAGUAAUAUUACGACGUGGAGCAGCAACGUUGAACACGCUGAUGCAAGCCUCGUGCAAUCUAUCUGGGCCAUAGGAGGUGCCGUUACACUUUCGCUGAUGAUGAUAAUCUUCAUUGUCACCUAUUUCGUGAGAACAAUGAUGCCUCGCCAGGGGUAUGCAGAGUUCAGGGCGAGGGAGCGGCAGAUGGUUGGCAUAACUAAGCUACUGGAGGAGAUCCGUGGACAUCCCAGAAGUGUAAAAUCCUUUGAGCCUCUGACGGAAAGUGAAAAACACUUCCUCCUUCACGACUUUCACGAUUUCUUCUAAAUUUUUAAUUUUGAUCUAUAGUACUAACGUUAUAUAUCAACAGCAGAUCUUGGUUUUGUUUAGUCAUGCAUAUCCCUGUAACUUAAUCUUGUCUUUUUUUAUAUAAUAUCAGAUCAGAUAACGCAAAUUAGUCUAUUCUGGUGUUUGUGUAAUGGAGUUCUUAUGACGCCUGAUAGUAUUCCUUCAUGACCCCGGGCAACCAAUCCUGUUCAUCACACAUUCAAUUGACUAAUUUUUGCUUGCGAAAAAAUGUCUACAUUGCAUAGUUUUAUUGUUUAGAUCAAUCGGAACUAGACUUUUUAUGAGUGAUACCAUUUUCCGUAAAUGUAAUGGUGUAAAAUGGUUUUUAAUAAAAAAUGAAGUGUGAAAUGUCUAAAUUUAAUUGUGAAUGUUCACAAUAAAUGGUUAAUAAAGA